GCGCAGGGUUAGGUGCGAGCGAGCGAAGGCUGCGCUACACCUUCGUUUUGCUUCGCAUGUUGUGAAGAGCAACAUGUCCAUGAGUUGUAGAUUUAUAUUUACAUGUCGAAUUGCAAGUGUACAUAGUUAUAAUAGGAUAUUGAAUUGUUUACCUUCUUGAUUAAGUAUUUAUUUUAGGCCAGAUCUCAAUUUUUUAAGAUAUGCCGAAAGGAAAACGAAAGGGAAAGUCAGGAGGGGGACCUCCCAAAUCACGCUCCGAUAUAGUUGGUCUGACUUCAGAUGAAGAUUCUGUCAAUGACAACGCCAGUGUCACCAGUGGAUUUUCAGAAAAUAAAAGUUUGAUUGAAGAAGGUUGUGAUGAAGUUGAUGAACAGACUAAAGAAGAGAUAUUUGAAGAAAAGUUGAAAGAAGCCAUCGAUGGAUUAAAUCAAAAGUCAGCCCAAGGCCGUACAGCAUCACUGGAGAGAAUGACUUUAUCAGAUGGAAUAGAGCGCAGUUUGAAAAAAGGUCGAGGUCCUGAGCAGGCUGCUGCUGCUCAGUUGGCUCCACUGUUAUGCGUUCAACUUGGAGCAUUUGAGUGUGCAGAAGAGGUAUACAGAGAAUUAGCUCCAGUUUUAUCAGCGGUGGCUCUUGACAAGUCUGCUUCUCCCCAAGCAAGAUCAAAAUGUUGUUGGGCUUUGGGACUAUGCAGUUUUCUGGCUGGAAGAGAUAUGGCAGAAAUCUAUGGUUACAUGCAUUCUUUGAGCUCCAUAUUUUGUGCUUCAUGCUUGAAAGGAGAUGGAUCUCUUCCAAUUAUUCCAAAUGAUUUGGCAGUUUUACAUGCAGCAGCUCUUUCUGCUUGGAGCCUUUUGCUUACAUUAAUGCCACCGAGUGAAGCAUACCAUUCCUUCUCCAUUGAUAAUGACAACUACACUCCGCAAUUCUAUCAGUUGAGUGAAUUGUUGGAAUCUGCUCACCUUGAUGUCCGUAUGGCUGCUGGAGAAACUAUUGCUUUGGUGUAUGAAUUGGGCCGUGAACAUAAUGAAGACUUCCAGGAUGAUGUGACCCCACAAUUGGUGGAUACCUUGAGGCAGCUAGCUACCGACUCCCAUAAAUAUAGAGCUAAAAAAGAUCGUAAACAGCAGCGAUCCAGUUUUCGAGACAUUUUGCAUUUUAUUGAGGAUUGUGAGCCUCCUGACAUUCAAGUGAGAUUUGGACAAGAAAUGUUGGAACUUGAUUCUUGGUGUCGUAAGAAACAAUAUGAUGCUUUUUGUCAGGUUUUGGGUUCUGGAAUGAAUUUACAUUUGACAGAAAAUGAUCUAGUUAGAGAUAUCUUCAGUUUGGGUGAAAGAGUGUCUCCAUUGAAUGUAUCUGCCCAGAAGCAAACAAAAUUAGAAAGGCAUUUAAUGAAUGCAGCUGCAUUUAAGGCUCGCACUAUUUCACGAAGUAAAAACAGAGACAAGAGAUCAGUGGUAAUGGCCUGCUGACUUCUCUCUUCAUAGAUGAGUAUGAAAUUGUACCAACUGUUGCAAAAUUGCCUGUAGGAUAUUUCCAAAUGAAGUAAUUAAAACGGGGCAUUUCACAAAUCAGAAGUCAUUUUUGUGUAGAAGCUAGAGUUGGUACAUUUCAUGAAUUUUUUUGGGGCAUUCUUCUUAUAAAAGUUCAGAGAUUUUUGCUAUUUAUAGAAUUUGAUUACUUUUAUUUCACAAAUUCAUUGAAGAUUUUCCAAUAGUUGUGAUUUUCUUGUGUAAAACUAAGGCACUUAUUGAAAAAAGUUUGCACAGAACAAUUCUUUAAGUACUUUCAUUUUAAGAUUUGCAAUAUCAAAAUUUUUAUCAUGACAUUUUUUAAAAGUUUUAUUUCUGUAUUUAUUUUUUGUUAAAGAUUUUAGUGUGUAGAGAAACAAGAGAAAUCGUUGCCAUCUGACUUAAUGGUGUAUGGUUUUGAGUGUACAGGAUUGCUCUCAGAUGUGCAUUUUUAAUCCUUUUUUUUUUAAUUUAUUUUUUUAGGAAUAUUUUUAAUGAAGGAUUUUAAAACCUCAUCAACUAUGUACUGUAUAUCAGAUUGUAAAUAAUAUGUACAAAUGCUAAAAUGCUCUUGUGAUUUUAUAACAAUGUGCAUAUGGUAUUGCACACAAUAUUGUGUGAUUGAACUGUUAUAAUGUACUGUAAUUAGUGUGUGUGUGUGUAAACAUCGGUGGCAAACUUGUAAUUUGUAUUCUACUUUUGAUAUCAACAAACUUCCAUCAAAUUUUAUUACAGUUUUGUAAUGUGAAAUACUUCAGUGACUUUUCAAUAAUUCCACUUAGCAUUUUUUUUAAAAUUAUUUUUAAUUCUAUGGUUAGUAGUUGGCAAUAUUUUGCUUGAUUUCUGAUGGUUAAAAUGCAAUAUGUUGCAGGGAGAAAUAUAAUUUUUCAAAGAGGCCAACAUUGAGGUUAAUUUAUCUAAACUGCGCCUUGUUUUACUGUACUUUGUAUUAUCUUUACAAAUAUUCCUUCGAGGGAUAGGACAUUGGCCAGAGGUGACCAGUGUUACUGAAAAAUCUUUAUUAAUGUCUUUUGCAUUAUAAGAAUGUGUACCUUAUCAGCCCUUGAAGAAAUUGGCUAAUUCUCAUUCUCCUGCCCUUGUUACUGUUGUGUUUUGCUAUCUCUCAAGGGUUGCAAGUGGCAAGAAGAAAAAAGUUCAAAUCGAAAAUUUAAAUUUGUUUAGUAUUCAUCUGUAAGCAAAUCAUAGUCUCUAAAGGCUCUUCCCAUAUUGAAUUUGAUAUUACAAAUGUACGCAUUAUUAUUAUUAUUAUUAUAAAAAUAGGAGAAAAAUUAACUUUUAGCAACCACACUUAGUUGAUAAUGAUUGUGUGUAAUUAAUUCAGUCUUGUUCUUGUUUAUAAAGUCUUUAUUUCAUACUAGAGCAUCAAUAGUCUAAAACAUUUUUCACCUACUGAAAUGCAAUAUAGAUCAAAAAUAUUUUCUGGACUGGAUAGUUUUUUAUUAAUUAAAUUAACUCCUCUUCAGUAAGUUUCAAAAGAUGGAUCUCUGCUGUAGUUAAUGAGUCCUCUUUCUCAUAAAUUGUUGACAAAAUUGGCCUAUGGUUUUUGUUCUGAUUUUCGUGAAUUGUGAAAUUGUGAUGGUGAUUUGUGAAGCAGUUAAAAUUAAUGCAAUAGCAAGAAGUGAAUGAAGUGUGCAAAGUGAUGAAGAUUUAGGUCAAAAGGAUAUCCUUCUAAUAUGUUUUUAUGUUGGUUUUGUAGAAAAGUCUUUCAAAAAUGCAUACGCUAUAUUUUGAAUUUGUAAUACUUUCUGGUGAAAACCUUUGAUGUCAUUGUAGACAAAUUUACUCAAGUUUGGAGUUGUUUACACUGAUAAACUUCAGCAGGACUAUAAGUCUGUAUAAGAGCAAUGUGAACGAUUAUUUGUGGCUAGGUUCUGGAGAGUAUAGCUUCACACAUUUAAUGGAGAAAUGUUAACAUCUCUUAGAAAGUAAAUUACAUGUUAAACUGGAAAUAGUAUAGAGGUUACUAAUUCUGCCAGUUAUCAUCAGGAAGAGAGAAGAUUAGAAUGAGUUUCUGAAAUUUGUUUGUCAAAAUGUACUAGGGAGAUUUUGCAGGGUGAAGCAUUUUAGCAAUGGAUAGUACCAUUGAUCUUCUCUGCAUCCACAGUUCAAGUUUCACAUCGGUUUUCUGCAUGUGUGUGCGUGCACAGAAGGUCGAGAUUGCUGUAUGAUAUGACAGGCAAAAAGUACCUAUCAAAAGAAGGGGUCUCCAAACUAUUAUCCAUGGUCUGAAUCUGACCUCAGUAAUUUUUCAUACAGCCUGCAUUACUUCCAAACUAUGUGGGUGGUGUAAAAAUUCAGAGGCAGUGCUGGUAAAGACUGGUUGGAGUGAAUGAUGUACUUUGGUGUUGAAUGCACUGGUGCGUGUCACUAAACGUAAAGACAGGAUACACAGUGUGAAGGAUUUACUAUUUUGUAAUGUGAACUUUGACAUGUCACCUACUGUUGUUCAUACAUUUCAUGAUUGGAAGCAUUAUGACGUAUCUUGAGAAUCACUCACACUUAAAUGCCUGGUUUCAAUCACCAGCGUUCAGUAACUAUUUCGGAAACCCCUAUCUCACUCGGAAGAUAGUUUCAGAGUAUGUUUCUAAGUGCAAAUCUAAUCAAAAAGAAUUCUAGUUAUCUGCUGAAAUGUUUACACUGUAAAUUUGACAAAUUUGUUCUUCACUGAAUUAAAAGAUGUGCACAUAUGUGCCUCCCAAAACAAAAAUUAUUUUCUUUUAUUUAAUUUCAUUUUCAUAAUUUUAUUAUAAUCUAAAAUUGCUUUUUUUAAAUUCAUUUUCUUUGGACAUGUUUAAGUGAAUUACUUGGUCAACAUAGCCUUCUGUGAAAAGAUUAGAAGUCCUGAAAUGUUUGGAGACCCCUGAUUCAAAGGAUUUGGCGUUUUAAGCUAAGAACAGACAAUCUGCCAAAAUCCUAAAUUCCAGAACCAGUGUUUUGCCACUUCAUAUUGUUCUCUAAAUAUUAAUAUAAUAUUUUUUAUAAGCUAAUUACAAUGCAGAGAUUGAAAUAGAUCUGGUUUGCUUCAUGUACAGUACAUAAUUGAAACUUUGUUCAUGUAUCAUUUAUUCUGUAAUAUAUAUCUUUAUAUUCUGUAAUUUUAGAUUGGAGUAAUCUAAUGUUCAUAUUUGCUAAUGUUUAUGUUAUUGUUGAAUUAGUGAAGUAAUGUGUAGGCCUUAUGUGGCAAAAUUUGCUGUUCUGUAGUGUACAUUUUAGUAAUCCAAUCUAUAAUCAUUUGGACUGUGUUAGGUGGAUCACACCGCAGUUUCUCUUUAAUGAUGUGAAAUGAGUUUACCACUAGCAUUGUCAACCAAAUUGUAUAAAUCCUUUGGAAAAGAAUCUGCUAGUUCGUACAUUGUUACCAGUGGUGUUCAAAAAAUACAGUGAAUAUUCG